UCGCAAAUUCAAUUGAAAUUUGCAAUUUUUUUUUUUUUUUUUUGGUUUUUGAGAGAAUUAUAGCGGGAGAUACCAAAUCCUUUCAUUGGUUGUGUACUUGGGUCUCCAAAUCCUUGCAUUAACUGCAUCAAUCCGUCACCUGCCCAAGAACAGCAUAUUUGCAUUCGAAAAUGGGUGUGCCAAGAUUUACUCGGCCUAAGGGAGUGAAUGAGCAAUUGAGCCCUAACCUUUAUGUAGCCAAUUGUGGACCAUCUGUUGGACUUUCGUAUGAGAUAAUUGAAUCGGUGUUUAGUAAAUUUGGACAAGUGAAAGGAGUGUAUGCUGCUGAUGAGAGUGGUGUUCGUGUUAUUGUUUCUUAUUUUGAGGUGGAUUCUGCACAAGCUGCAUUGACAACUUUAGAUGGGCAUCCUUGCCCUGAUCUUGGAGGACGCUCUUUGCAUAUUCGUUUUUCUGUUCUUCAACCAACUUCUGAGGGUCAGGCAAAUGAUUCCAUCCCAGUGUCGCUGGUGGCUUCAGAUUUAAACAUCCCAGGCCUUUACUUGUGGCAUGACUUUGUUAAUGCUAAAGAAGAACGGGAAUUGCUUGCAGCUGUUGAUGAUCGGCCUUGGAACAAGCUUUCUAAGAGAAGGGUUCAGCAUUAUGGAUACGAAUUUUGUUACGAUACAAGAAAUGUCAAUACAAAAGAGCAGUUGGGUGAGCUUCCAUCAUUUGUUUCUUCCAUUCUUAAAAGGAUUUCAUCGCUUUCAGACCUAGGAGAUUCUGAAAGUCUAGCCGUGGACCAACUUACUGUUAAUGAGUACCCAAGAGGAGUGGGUUUGUCCCCACACAUUGACACCCAUUCAGCAUUUGAGGGAUUAAUUUUUAGCCUUUCAUUAGCAGGGCCUUGCAUAAUGGAGUUCCGGAGAUAUUUAGAUGGUUCGUGGAUUCCUAAAGCUACAGCAAGGAAUGAUACGAAAGUUGAAAAUCUUGAUGAUGGUUCAAGUUUAAUAAGGAGGGCUAUCUACCUUCCUCCUCGUUCUAUGCUUUUAUUAUCUGGGGAAGCACGCUUUGCUUGGCUUCAUUAUAUCCCACACCAUAAGAUUGACAUGGUAAAUGAUGAUGUGGUCAGAAGGGGCUCAAGAAGAGUAUCUUUUACGUUUCGUAAGGUACGAAGAGGUCCUUGCCAAUGUGAAUUUCCCCAGUAUUGUGAUUCUCGAAGAUAAGAGAAACGAGCUCUCAUGCCUACCGAGUAUUCAUUCGAAAACUGGGUGAUUGUCUGUAAGAGAACACAAUGAUACAUUCAAGUCUCGUGGUCAUGAGGUGGUUCAUCUUGGAAGGAAUGGUUAUUAGUUCAAGAACAAAGAUGAACAGCUUCUUGAUCCACAAAGUCUGUACGACAGAAUCUUCCUUUUGAGCAAAAGGUGAUCCAUUUUGCUAUUAGUUUGGAGUUGGUGCUGGGGUUGAGGUUAGAAAGUCAAAAAACUUGUUAACUAUUAUUUUAGAUUUUUUAUAGAAUAAUUAUUUUAAAAAACACUAGUUUUUUUGGGAAUUUUUAGUAAAAUCCAACUUUAAAAUAAUUUUAUUACAA